AUGGCCUCUGAAUCCUCUAGCAUCUCUGUCACUUCACAAGAUCAAGGUGAUUCUUCCCACUCCAAAAAAGAGGUGAACAUGAAGGAGAUUGAACAAGUUCAAACCUCAAACUCAAAAUCAGACAAACCUAUUGAUUUUUUGAAGCUAUCGAAUGACAAUUCGGUUUCCGUGUCGAAGAUGCAAGAGCACAACUUUUUUGGCCCUAUUCGAGUUGGUUCAUCUUCUUCUUUACCUAAUAACAACAAUCAAGGGAAAGAUGCGAACAACGGUGAAAAGAAGACUUCAGAUCCAGUGUCUUUCUUGUGCUCUUUUUGCAAGAGACAAUUUUCUACUUCACAGGCGUUGGGAGGACAUCAGAACGCACAUAAGGCGGAACGGGCAUUAGAAAAGCAACGUCAACAAAGGUAUGAUGGUAGUGCUUUAAGUUUUGGGCAGCCUUACUUUAAUCCUUAUCUUAGUUAUCCAAGUACUCUUUUUACACCUUAUAGUUAUAGGUCACUUGGGGUUAGAUCAGAGUCAAUGAUUCAAAAACCACCUUAUUUUAACCCUAGAAUUACUCCACAUAGUUUUGGGUAUAGUCAUAGUGCUUUGUUGCAAGAGAUGUUAAACCCUUCUCUUGUGUCAUUGAGAAAUAUGGGGGUUGGUAAUAGCGUGAUUGGAAAUCUAGGUAUUGGUGGUGCAACUACUUCAAAGAUCGAAUAUGGUACAUAUAAUAAAAUUGGUGCUAUUUUAGAAUUGGGAGAUUCUUCUACAAAGGUUGCUACAAUUUCAAACUCAAACAUGGAAAAGCAAAUUAUUGUGGCUCCUAAUUCUACCAAUGAUGAUGAUAUUCAUGAUCAAUCAAAGUCCAACAUUGAAGAAGAACCUUCUGAUUCUGAAUCUUCCGAUCUUGAUUUAUCACUUAAGCUUUAA